AUGGGGCGUAAGCGUACACGUACUACACGUACCUCUCGCAAGCUGACAGAGGCGCAGAUCCAGGAGGUGUUGGAGAAUUUUGACCUGGAAUGCGAGAAGCAGAUUGCCCGUGUCGAGCGGAGUGCAUAUCGUUACUUGGAGGCGGCCAAGGCGCAAAUGGACGCUCGCAUCCAUAAAAUUCCGCCCGAUGUGCGCCAUAUCACGUUGCAAGACCAUGGCGUCUUUGCCUGA